GACGGACCUGGUGUCCUGGCCAACGUGUCCCGGCCAGGUUGGGCGGGGAGUCCUGCCGGGAAGGCAGUAGGAUGUUCCCGUCCCGGCGCAAGUCUACUAUGUAUCGCCGCGCGGGUAGCGGGUCCUGUCGGCUGUUUGGUUUCCUACCCCGGAAAUUUUCUCUCUUUCAACUCUUUUUUGUUGCACUGUUGCUGGGUUUUCUCUCCCUGUUGUGGCUGCAGCUCAGUUGUUCUGGGGAUGUGACUAGAAGUCAAAGAGCUGCAGCUACACUGCCUCAGAAACCCUGCACAUUGGAGCCUCUACCUCAGCUUCCUGAUGACCCAUCAUGGGGACCCCACCGUCUAGCAGUGUUGGUGCCUUUCCGGGAGCGCUUUGAAGAGCUGCUGGCUUUUGUGCCUCACAUGCAUCGCUUCCUCAGCAGGAAGAAAAUUCGCCAUCAUAUCUUCAUACUCAACCAGGUGGAUCAUUACAGGUUUAACAGAGCAUCUCUGAUCAACGUGGGCUUCCUUGAAAGUGGCAAUGACACAGAUUACAUUGCCAUGCAUGAUGUGGACUUGUUACCUCUUAAUGAGGAAUUGGACUACGGCUUCCCAGCUGCAGGCCCUUUCCACGUGGCAUCGCCGGAGCUGCACCCUCUCUAUCACUAUAACACCUACGUAGGUGGCAUCUUGCUGCUCACCAAGCAGCACUAUCGAAUGUGUAAUGGAAUGUCGAACCGCUUCUGGGGCUGGGGCCGUGAGGAUGAUGAGUUUUAUCGCCGCAUCAGAGGCGCUGGACUUCAGCUGUUCCGGCCAUCAGGAAUUAAAAGUGGAUAUAAGACAUUCCAGCAUCUUCAUGACCCAGCUUGGCGCAAGAGAGACCAGAAGCGCAUUGCUUCCCAAAAGCAGGAGCAGUUCAAGGUGGACCGUCAUGGAGGCUUGACCAACCUCCAGUACAGAGUGGAGUCACGAACUCGGUUGACUGUGGCAGAAUCUCCCUGUACAGUCCUCAACAUCUUCCUAGAAUGCGACACCAGUGAGACUCCCUGGUGCACAUUUGGCUGAGCCGACUCCUGAAUAGACUCUUGCGUUGCUGAAGCAGCUGGUUAUCAGAAUUGUGUCUGGACUCUCCAAAGGCAGGUCCUUCUGCAGGAGCCAGCAACAGGGCAUGGAUGCCUGUGGUCCAAUGGUUACAACAAAAGGUCUGAGGAUCCACAUGAGUUGACAGGUCAGAUGCAGAGCAUGACCUCCGUGACAGUGAAAGCAGAGAUGCUGGCAAGAUUAAAUGGGCUGAGUGCCUGUUCAGAAGGAUGUUGACUUGGCAACCUACAUCUCAACAGAUGGAAGAAAAUCUGAGACUAAGAGGCAGGUCAGUGACUGAAUCAUCCUGCCUAUAUCAGCCAGUGCUCCAACACUACAUGAUAACAAGGCAUUGGGACCUAUAGACUUGUUGCACAGGCUGAUGCUUAAAGGACUUUACAGAAUCACUAUCAGGUAAACUUGUUGGAAGUUUGCUGCUCUCCUAUUUCAAAAUAUGUAUAGAGACUUGCUGUGAAGCUCUUGCGCACCCCAUCUCUUCCUAUGAGGUCUCCUGCUAAGUGGACACUUGUGCUCUGGCUCAGAGAGCAUCGUGACUUACCACCUGACCUAGACCCAUCGUGGUAAAGGGUCUUGUUAUUGGGGUCUUUGAGACAUUGAAAGCUGUUGGUUUGCUUCAAUAAAGCCAUUAAGGCGAGUGCCUCAUGAAAG